AUGUCUGCUUAUUGGUCGGAGAUUCCUACGGAUCUCUUAUACUCGAUCCUGUCCAAGCUCUCGAUCCCCGACCUCUUUCGGUGCGCCGUCGUAUGCUCGCGUUGGUUCGCCGUGGUCGAUAAGGUCCGUCGCGGCCCCGGUGAUCAGUGCCCGCAGAUCCCAUGGCUUGUGCCUGAGAAUCGAAGCCUCAUAAACGGAGAAGAUAAUGAUCAAAACACUUACAACUUCUUCAGCUUAUCGGAGGGCCGCGAGUAUGAGAUGCCAAGCCACGCUCCUCUAGUCUGCGGGAACAUCGUCAGAUCUUCUCAUGGUUGGCUCAUAGCCACCAACGAUGUCCGUAUUCAGCUCCAAAACCCUAUCACCGGCGUUCAGAUAGACCUUCCCUCGAUUCCUACCUUGGACGACCGGAAUUUAAUGGCCAUGAAAGCGGUGUUGUCCUCAGAUCCCUUUAGAAGCGGAGAUUUCAGCGUCGUCUUCGUAUUCUUCUGCUCUUCUAUGCGGAAAGACUUCUUGUUCUUCGUUAGCGCAGGAGAUGAGAAGUGGACGAUGAUCCCUACAACUCUAUAUUACUUCGACGACAUAGCCUUCUACAAUGGCAAGCUCUAUGCGGUGUCACAAUCCAAAGAAGAUAACGCGGUGAUCGUGGCGGCGUACGAUCUCACCGAGCCGGAUUCGACUCAGAGGGGGAUGUUGGUGAUGCCUCUGUCUGACAUUUGGGAUUUUACUUCCAACUUGUACUUUUUUUGCGUGCCUUCAGGUGGCUGUAUAAAAAGAUGGUGA